GCUCGGCGGCACAACAGAGCGAGCGGCGAGUUUUAUGUAUAUAUAUAUUAUAUACCCUAGCAUGUAUACAUUGAUACACUAUACAGUCUUGACAGUUGACAUUGCUAGCGUGUGCCUGCAAGAUGGCGGACCCCAACGAAAAGUUAAUAGCCGACCUUUUAAAAAAACCUGGAAAUAACAUUUGUGCCGAUUGCGGAGCCAAAAAUCCAGAAUGGGCAUCUUACAAUAUAGGAAUUUUUAUAUGUACAAAAUGUGCUGGAGUACAUCGUUCUAUGGGAACUCAUAUUUCAAAAGUAAAACAUAUUACACUUGAUAAGUGGGAAGACUCUCAAGUUAGCAGAGUACGAGAGGUUGGAAAUGUAGCAUCUAAAUUACAUUUUGAAGAAAGGGUACCAUCAUGUUACAGGAAACCUAAUCAAGAUUCUCCAGAUGUACUAAUUGAACAGUGGAUUCGAGCAAAAUAUGAGAGGGAAGAGUUUUGUCAUCCAGAAAGACAAAGUCAUUAUGUUUCAGGAUUCAUGGAGGGUUUUCUUAUGAAACGAGGAAAAGAGGAUCCCAAAUAUCAACCACGUAAAUUUGUACUCAAUGAAGCUGAUGAUACUUUGAAGUAUUAUGUUAAGGAGAAUAAAGAACCAAAAGCAGUAUUGCGAAUAUCAGAGCUGAAUGUGUCAUUUGCUCCUGCUAAAACUGGAAAUCAAAAUAGUCUGCAAAUUUCAUUUUUGAAAGAUGGUACUACAAGACACAUUUAUGUUUACCACGAUGAAUCUGAAGUGAUAACAAAUUGGUACUUGGCAAUUCGUUGUGCAAAAUUGCACAGGCUCCAAGUUGCAUAUCCAGGUGCUAAUGAACAGGAUUUACUGAGUCAAUUGACAAAAGAUUUUCCUAAAGAAGGAUUUCUGUGGAAAACUGGACCUAGACCCAGUGAUACUUAUAAGAAGAGAUGGUUCACGUUAGAUGGACGAAAGUUGAUGUACCAUGAAGAUCCUAUGGAUGCCAAUCCAAAAGGAGAAAUAUUUUUAGGUCAUACAUCUGAAGGCUAUGCUAUAAAAAUGGGUGUUCCACCAGGUGCUCGGGAUCAAGGUUAUUCUUUUACACUCCAAACGCCUGACAGAACUUACCUUUUAUCUGCUCAAGCUAAUGAAGAUAGAAUCCAAUGGAUGCAAGUUUUACAAAAAGUAAUAGACAGACCUUUAACUCCACAAGAUGCCAGUAUAGCAGCACGUCUCGUAAGGAAACGCAAUCCAGAUAAUGUCAAGAGCUGUUAUGGCUGUGCAAAAGAUUAAUUUUUCCCAAUCAUCUGACCCGUGAAUAGAAAUGCAGUCUAUUACAUGUUUUAAUCAAUGAAACAAGAUCGAAAAUAUAAACUGUGGAUUGAGAUGCAAAAAAAUUGCCUGUGAGAAUGUGUACAUAAUCGUGAACUAAUCAUGUACCUAAAGAUAUUUUUAACCGAGCAUGCAAGUAUACCGUCAACAUCACCGCUAUUAUAAUUUUAAAACUGGAAACGAACUGUAUUUUUCAUACAAUAUUAUUCACAUUAAUUUUUAUGCAUCA